GAACAGAGGAGGAGAGAGAUGUGAGAGAGAAGUAUAAGGAAAGAAAAAAAAGGAAAGAAGGACAUUCCUGUACAGAAAGUGCACUCAACAAGAAGUGAGGCUCGGCUGCUGGACUCUUUUCUUUGGAGUUCCUGGUGAAACGCACAUUAGGAGAGGUGAAAGUUCAAGACUCAGACGUAGAGGCAGCGUGUGAGAAUGUUGGUGAGGCCUCUUCUUCUCUUCCUGGGAAUCACCACAGCCACUGUUAUUACAGCUCAAGGAUCUUGGAGAAGAGACAACAAAGAGUCAAGCCCAGAAGUGUACAACUCUGAUGACAACCAUGAGUGGACAACAUGGUUCAAUGUUGAUCACCCUGGAGGCCGUGGAGACUAUGAGCAGCUGGAGGCAAUCCGCUUCUACUACCGAGCCCGCGUGUGUGAGACUCCCCGGGCAAUCGAAGCCAGAACCACUGAUUGGGUCCCAGCCCGUGAAACUGGGGAGAUAGUUCAUGCAGACCCCACUGUGGGCUUCUGGUGCCUCAAUGAGGAGCAGGGUCCUGAACGCAACUGCUCCAACUAUGCAGUCCGUUUCCUCUGUCCCAAAGAUAACACUGUGAACAUUCAGGGUAACUGGGGUCUGUGGUCAGACUGGAGCCUAUGCCCCGCCCUUUGUGGUCAGGUGGGGGUCCAACUGCGCUCCAGAAACUGCCUAUCUCGGUCUAUGCCUUGCAGUGGACCUAAAGUGGAAGAGAAAUCAUGCGAUGGACCCGAGUGCCCGAAAACAGAUUGCUCCCUGCAGUGUGUGAUGGGGAAGGUGAAUGCUGAGUGUGACGCAUGCAUGUGUAAAGGGCACGUUCUGCUGGGUUCUGUUCGUGGUGCUGGGGGUCUCACUGCUGAAGGGGCUACCAUUCUUCGCUCUGGUAAACUCCUUACCCUUACCGACCACAACGGGCAUUUCUGCAUCCCUGGUAUCUGCCCUGAUGGCAACACCACCCUGACAGUCAACUUGCAGGGUCACGCCACCGUCAGCGUUGUUGUGCCGCACAAUGCUGAACGUACCUCUGUCCUCAGUAUACAGCUGAAAAGAACAGAGAAGCUUCAUGUGUUGAGUAACCCUGAGAACAAAGCUAGGAGGGCGGGACAAACUGCUGCCUUCUGCUGCAAAGUGGCAGGAACACCACAACCAGAAAAGUACCAAUGGUUUCAUAAUGGCAGUGUCAUAGAGAAGCACACCGAUAGCACCUUGGUCCUAAGAAAUCUGCAUCUUGAGCAGACUGGGGAGUACUACUGCAGAGCAAGUGGUCCCUCUGGAUCUAUUAAGACCAAACCAGCUACACUCAAAGUCUUAGGUAGAGAUGAGCACUCAUGUAAUCCCAUGCCUGAAUCCCACCUCAUCCGCCUUCCACAUGACUGCUAUCAAAACAGCACAGAAUCCUUCUACUACAAUGUUGGCAAGUGCCCCUCAAGUACAUGUGCUGGACAGCAGGACAAUGCCAUCAGGUGCAAAGACAAAGUGGCUUACUGCUGUGGUGUCAAAAAGAUGGAGAAGAGGCAGCUAACCUGCCAGGGCUACCAACUGCCCACCAUGGAGGUCACUGAAUGCGGCUGCCAGAAAUGUGUGGACACCAAGGCCAUUGUGCAUGGUAGGGCCAUUGCUGCAGAUAAUGGUGAGCCAAUGAGGUUUGGCCAUGUCUUUAUGAAUGGAGUUCGAAUCAGCCGCACAGGCUACAAAGGUACAUUCUCCAUCCAGGUUCCUCCAGACACAGAGAGGCUAGUCCUGACUUUUGUUGACAACAUGCAGAAAUUUGUCAACACCACAAAGGUACUCCCAUUUAACACCAAAGGAGGGGCUGUUUAUCAUGAGAUUAAACUUCUAAGAAAGAAAGCCCCUGUGACCAUCAGCUCUACAGAAAGCAACACUCUGGAGCUUGGGGAGGCAGAGGGCCAGGAAGCAAUGGUUCAAAUCCAGAUUCCUCCCUAUACCUUUUAUACAGAAAAAGGAGAAGUCUUCACUGGUAAAGUAAAUGCCAGUGUAACGUUCCUGGACCCCAGAGACGUCUCCACAGCUGCUGCAGCUCAAAGUGAUCUCAACUUUGUAGGAGAUGAAGGAGAUACCUUGCCACUGAGAACCUACGGGAUGUUCUCAGUUGACUUUAGGGGUGAGGAAAACAAUGAGCCCCUGAACGCAGGUGAAGUGAAGGUGUUCCUGGAUUCUGCCCAGGUGACGAUGUCUGAGCACCUUAACACCAUGAAGCUGUGGUCACUGAACCCUAAUACUGGCCUGUGGGAAGAGGAAGGAAGUCUGCAGGUGGAGAAGAAAAGAAGAGGUAAAAGGGAGGAGAGAACCUUUCUGAUUGGCAACAUGGAGAUCAGGGAGAGACGUCUUUUUAACCUGGAUGUCCCAGAGAACCGCAGGUGUUAUGUGAAAGUAAGGGCCUUCCGCAGUGACCGCUUCAUGCCCAGUGAGCAGGUGGAGGGAGUUGUGGUGAGUCUUAUAAACAUGGAGCCCACAGCCGGCUACUCCACUAACCCACGUGCCUGGGGCCGUUUUGAUAGUGUCAUCACUGGCUCCAGUGGCGGAUGUCUUCCUGCCUUCUGCGAUGAACAAAAAGCUGAUGCUUACUCUGCCUAUGUCAUGGCCAACCUUGGAGGAGAAGAGUUGGAGGCCGUCUCCUCUACUCCCAAACUCAAUCCCAACCUCAUUGGAGUACCCCAGCCUUACCUGAAUAAACUGAACUACAGGCGGACAGACCAUGAUGACCCCAGAGUGAAGAAGACUGCAUUUAGCAUCAAUAUGGCAAAACCAGGUCCCAACACAGCAGAAGAAAGCAACGGACCAGUGUACGCAUUUGAGAAGUUGAAAGAAUGUGAGGAGGCCCCGUUCAGUGCGGCACACUUCCGCUUCUCAAGAGUUGAAGGAGACCGCUACGAUUACAAUACAGUACCAUUCAAUGAAGAUGACCCAAUGAGCUGGACAGAGGACUACUUGAGCUGGUGGCCCAAGCCCUUGGAAUACCGGGCCUGCUACAUCAAAGUCAAAAUCAACAGCCCACAUGAGAUCAAUGUGCGGUCUCGCAACAUGGGUGGCACCCACCCGAAGACGGUAGGCCAGCUGUAUGGCCUCCGUGACACUCGCAGCAUUCGUGACAUGGACCAGGCAACACUUUCAGCGGUGUGCCUGGAGUUCAAGUGCAGUGGGAUGCUCUAUGAUCAGGAACGUGUAGAUCGUACCCUGAUAAAGGUAAUUCCACAAGGAAGCUGUAAGAGAGAUGAGGUCACCACUAUGCUUCAGGAGUAUUUGGUCAACCAUCUGCCCCUAGCUGUCAACAAUGACACCAAUGAGUUCACCAUGCUAGCACCUCUUGACCCCCUGGGCCAUAACUACGGAAUUUAUACAGUGACAGACCAAGAUCCCCGCACAGCCAAAGAGAUCGCACUUGGACGUUGCUUUGAUGGCUCUUCUGAUGGCACAUCUCGUGUCAUGAAGAGCAACGAGGGCGUAGCGUUGACGUUCACCUGUGGAGAUCGUGAAGCUGCAAGCCAGAGUGUCUUCCAGGCUCUGCAGAGUUCCCAAGGUCAGACAGUAACGAGUGUCGUGAGAGGAGAAGGUAGGCAGAACCGACGCCGGCAGAGGGCCAAUGAACCCCGCAGCAGCAGUAGACGUAGCACCAGAAAGACGCGCAAAGGCCACAAGCUAAACGACAACACUGAAAAGGCUGCAAUGUAGAUGGGUGGAUAGGGUUAACCUUGUUUUGAUACAAUACAAUACAAUUGUAUAUUGAAUAUUCUUUCAAAUCAAGUAAAUAUGUAACUAAACAAUACAUUUCUUGCAGCAUCCUUGCAAGGAAUAUUUGCAGUUUGUUUUACCUUACAUUUUCAAAAGUACUGUGGUAAAUAUUUACUUGAAAUUGUAAAUAAAGUAUUUAUUACACAUGCCUUAAAAAUAGUAAUCAGGGUGCUGCAUUAUUGCACGUUUCUUUCAUUGAUAUUGUAAACAGAAACACAACCAAUGUUUUUUGACCAGUGAUUUAUUAAAUUAGAUGCUUAUAAAACACUGCAGAUGCUGUAUCUUCCACAUUGUGUGUAUCCAAUUGUCCAUGUAACAUUGAAAUUGCUCGAAAAAGAAAAAGGAGAAAUAUGCCCCUUUUGACAAACUGUAGCCCGUAUGAAGACAUGGUGGGGUGAAGCCCAUAAGCCCCCGCUCCUCAUCACACUUGAUACAAGCCUGCAGAAGCAAUGAUUAGGAGACCAGUCAUAGUAAGUUAAUCCACUAGCCUGAUCCAUACUUUUUUUCUGCAUUAGUAGAAAUCAAAUUAGUAAAGCACAUUUGUCAUGCACAUAAAAUACCUUUAAGUACUCUUGCUCCAUACUUUAAAGGAUAUUUCAGAGAAUGGCUGUGAGGUUUUAAAGUCACAUUUAUUAUACUUGUCUAUCUCUUUUACCUUACAGUGAAUGUCGUGUGCUCUCUGUAAAAUUACAACUACUACUUACAUGUUGCGUCAGUCUCAAAAUCACCCACAAUGCAACCUUCCAGAGAUAAAGAUGAAUAAUGUAUUGAAUAAUUGUUCUGAAUUUGGCAAGUUAUAGAUACUAUAUACUUUCCUGUAAGAUAACCAUCCACAGGCAAGUGAGACCUAUAAUAUAUACAUUCUGCUUAAAGAAUUAGCGUAGAUCCUUGUGUUUCUAUGUCACUUUACUUAUAACUGAAAUACUGUAUCUGCUUAUUUUUGACAGAAGCAACAUUUAAUAAAAAAUGAGCCCUGCGAAACUCAGAGAACAGCAGUCACAAUGUAUUAUCUAUUGAAGAUUGGUUACCCAACAGAUUAUACAUGAUGUGUGUGAGUCGAGGCUGAAUGAGACAGAAAAGGCAAUUCCAUAUGUAUUAAAGAGUUGGUGAGACUGGAUGCUUCCUGGUAUAUGCCCUCUGGUCAUUGAAGCAAAAUGAAGGGGGCAACACAUAGUUCAGAUUUUCCAGGAUGGCACUGGACAGCAUGAGAAGGUACAGCUGCAUUUCUGAG